GUGACGUGGCAGACAAAUCUUGCCUCCAACCUAUGUAGUGCGGGGAGAAAAGUUCACUCGCUAAACUGAACUGUACAUUUUGUUCAUCGGUUUGAGCCCUCCGUCUCCCUCUGCCAUGCCAUGAUCACUACGCUCAGCCGCCUAAGCACCAGCUCCGCCGCAGUCGUAACGGUGGCGGCGCCGCCGCUCUAUCGACUUCUUCAGAUCACCGUAAGGGAAUUCCAUGGAGCUGCCGAACCGCUACUUGACCCCGACUAUUGCUACUACUACGGGCCAUCACAGGAGCCUCGCCGCCAUCAGCUUGUUCGGUCGACUCCAAUGGCUGACACCGAAGGCUCCGUCCCUUUAAGAGGAGUGCAGUGGGCGUUCGUCGGAAACCCACGCGCCAAGAAGCACGUGUACGCGGAGAGGCUGUCUAAACUUCUAAAAGUUCCCCACAUUUCAAUGGCGAGCCUUGUUCGUCAAGAACUCAGCCCUCACUCUAUUCUUUACAAACAGAUUGCGAAUGCAGUUAAUCAUGGUGAGCUUGUCCAGGAGGAUAUAAUCUUGGGACUGUUGUCAAAGAGGUUGGAAGAUGGCCAUUACAGAGGUGAAACUGGUUUUAUUCUGGAUGGAAUUCCUCGAUCACGGACUCAGGCUGAGAUUCUGGACCAACUUGCUGAGAUUGAUCUUGUUGUGAAUUUCUUAUGCACAGAAGACUUGGUGACGAACACUCAAGGGGAAGCUUCUUGGAAGGAAAGACUCCAAGACUAUACCAAACAGAAAAGUUGAUAUUCUCAGGACUCCAAUGAGCUUUCUUGAAUCCUGAUAUAUUUCCUAAAAGUUUUUGCAUGUACAGUUCUUAUAAUUAGGGUGGUUAAAUCAACAUUAUUGAGAAUUCAUAUGACAUAAGCGAAAAGGCAUGAGUUUCCAAUGAAUAAUGUCUUUGGCCUUUUUUAGAGUAAGCCACUUGAAGAUUAUUACAAGAAGCAGAAAAAGCUUCUUGACUUUCAAGUUGGCAGCGCACAUGUGGAGACUUGGCGAGGACUUUUGACUGCAUUGCAUCUACAACAUACGAAUGCUGCUACUCAUUCACAGAAACUGACUGUAGGCUCGAUUUUGCCCUAAACUCUUGCUGCCGUCUGCCGGUAAAGAAUCAGCUUUUGCCUUUACUGUAAAUAUCAAUUUUAGUCUCUGAUGGGUCGAAAGUCUAAUGGCAAGUGCAAGGUGGAGAUUUUUUACUAGUA